AUGGCUGGUUACAUGUACGCAGAGGCGUGGUCAUCACAGAUCCUCAUUCAGCUGUGCGCUUGCGAAUUUCGACAGAUGCUAUUCGCAGCUAUCGUCGUUCUCCUACCGCUAUAUGGACAUGCACAGAUGAAUUUAUCUUCAUGGGCGGGACUUUUCAAUCCGGAUAACGUGAAUCGAAUGGCGGAUCUUGCCGUGCAGUUGUCCACACUUGCUGCACGUUCAAUGGCCAAGAAUGAAAGGGACGUCGCGCGAACAGUUGAAGAACCACGGGAAGUUCCGCUCGGAGCAGACGCCCGCCCAUCCCAAGUCCUAGGGCAAGCUGUUUCCGAUGUUUCCACACAAUCACGAUUAUCAUUGCUGAAAGCAUUCGAACCUCUGGAACGAGGGAACAUUGCUUCUUUACGACUACCAUCUUCGACUCCUUCACCAACCACAACUAUGGAUUUUCCGAAACUUUUCCCCGACUUUGGCGGAGGCUUCCAGCCAUCCGGAGGUGACAAAGGACUCAAAAUAAAACCAUUCAAUUCUCCACGCACAGACCUAUUUUCGUCAGACCUUCGGCAUUUCCCAAUUUCACAGAAUGGUGUUUCGACGCACCUAGAAAAGACAAUCGAAGCUGUUCCUCCCAGUGAUCUUAAGUCCGUCGGGGAUACGGUGAAUUUACCGCGACCUAUUGUAUCGAAACCAUACAGUUCACUUGAACAAAAUCCUUUCAUCAGACUUGCUUCCACAUUCCUGAGGGAAGCAACUAGACCGAGUGACUCAGCUAGAAAUAUUGCCAGCAGCUCCUCUCGUCAGCAUAACUCAGGAGGACUCCCCGACUUUGGAGGUAUUCGUGAUUUUGUUCCCGGAGCAAAUAACAAUUUUGGUAUUCGUAAAGGACCAGGCUGCUUACCAUUUCUUAGUGAAUUCAUGCAAGUUGCGUACGGAAACUGCCAACAAGUUGCUGAUGAAAAAGCUUUCGAUGCGUGGGGGGAUGAAUUAAAGAGUGCCAUAUUAACCGGACAAGUGGAUCUGCUCAAAGCGAGCCAAGAAACUUGCCGACGAGGGGCAGAGCGACAGCAGUGCGGUGCGCUUCGACGAGCGAUCUCGAACUGUGACAUCCUCGAAUCGUUACAAAUCGGGGCGCAGCUGCAGCGGGCGAUGAAGCGAUGUGAAGAGGUGUCCGGACUAGUUGACCAGAAUCCGCUCGUCAUUCUCAGUCAAAUCAACAGCUUAGUUGGAGGCGAAUUCGCUCAAGGCUUUCUGAAUAAAUUCUUAAGCACGCUGACUUCACGACACCAUAAUAAAAUGAUACCUUUGCUCGCUAUUCUGUGCGUCCCAGUCAUUUUCGGCUUACCAACGACCAAGGUAACUACAACUCCCACGACGACUCAUCAUCCUAUUACUAAUCCUCAUGUAGUAGUGGAAACCAGCACUGAUCUGUCCAAUGAAACAGACAUUGAAGAACAUGUGGGACUGCGCGCUUCCAUUGAAAGGGAAAUCGCUCAUCUACGCUCCAGCUAUCAAAACGUACGUGAGGACAUCGACAGUUGGAUGAGUACACCGUACCACAGGAAUGUUGUAGCCCCGAUUUUCGUAGGAGUAAUGGCAGGCUUUGCAGCCAUCGUUGUCCACUGUAUAGCGAAAGCUGCACUGCGUAGCUGUGCUCGAAAGUUUCGUCGUCUCCGUCUAUCCCGAAUAAGCUGCGAUGUGAGCGGAGACAAGAAGCGCAUGUUGUCAAAGAGGAAUGACAGCGAUGACGAUGACGACAUCUGA